UUUGUCAUUUAUUAUUUUGGACUGAACUAGAUGCAUCUGCAUCCAGAUGCACCAUCAAGACUCACCUUCAUUUGGGUGAGAAUUUGAGAUGAAUUCAGCUGGGUGAUCCAUCUGGAUGUAGCAUUAUAAUGCACUAAACGAACAUCAAUUUGCAUCUUCACCCAGAUGGAUCACCUGGGUGAGCAAACGAACAGGGCCUAUAUGUAUGUAAGCUCUCAAAAAGAAAACUAUAUGUAUGUAUCCAUACAUAUACUAAUAAUGAGUUGCUAAAAAAAAACAUAUACUAAUAAUGAAUGUACAGAGUAGAGGCAGAUCAAGAGCAAAGAAUGUAGGAGACAAGAUUAGAAAAUCAGAAAACAAGUGAUGUGAAAAGGAAACAAGAAAAUGGAAUGUUUGGUCAAUACAUUUGGGAUGUUUGUGGUUUCCCAUGAACAAAUUUAAUCUGACAUUUUCCAUCUUCCCCAACAAUUUUAAUUCAAUAUACAAACCCCCAUCAUCACCUUUCCAUUUUUAGAAUCUAUCACUUUCCUCACUAAUCUCUACCUUCCCGAUCGAUUCUUCCCUUUUCUAUGAAUAAUAAUUACAAUGAGCUUGUUUGUGUUUGAGUGAUGUGAAAGGUAAGAGUUUUUUCGUCAUGCACUCCAAUAUUUUCUUCUUCUUACAUAUUUUCCCGAGUUUCUUAGAUUUCUUAUUCUUAUAUUGCAAGUCUACUCGCACCAGUUGAUACUAUAAGAAAGUCUUUAGGUUUAGUUGUUGCUUCUUGUAAUGUGAGGAAUUGAUUAGAGCAAACACAUAGAUUAAUAGGCUAAAAAUGUAAGACUUAAAGAAUUUGUUAACUGUCCAAUCACAUUGACUUCUGUCUCAAUCUCAAAAUCACAUGUUUCUAGUUAAUUGUUAUGUCCUCUCACCGGCUCUUUUCAACCCAAGAUUCUCUUUACUUUGUCUACGGUGACUGAUCUCUAGAACCGCGUGACGUACAUAAUUAUACUCUAAUAUAGGAGUUGAAUGUGAGGAAAAAUAUUCAUAUUUCGACCAAAGAACACAAAUGAAAAUGAGAACGUUGCUAUUUGAAAUAAGUAGGUUUAUUGAUCCGUUACUCUAACAAAAUUAGCACCGAAGCACCAGUGGUCUAGUGGUAGAAUAGUACCCUGCCACGGUACAGACCCGGGUUCGAUUCCCGGCUGGUGCACUUUUUUUAAAUUACAUAUUUAUGGAGCCAUACAUACUAUUCAAGCCAUUUGGGCUUCAACGGCCCAUUUUUCUUUUCAAUCCGUAAUCACUAUCAGUCCCUCAAAUAUUUGUUUAUGAUAACAUUACACUAAACAUAGGGGUUAAACUAUGAUAUGCUGGAUUUCAAUUAUUCCUAUCAUUUCUUUAUCGAUUUUUUUUUUUUGCAUUGAUAGUUAAACAUAUACUACCUUUUCAUUUAUUUAUUUCUACAUACUCUAGUGGUAAAUAUGGGGUUUAGACUAUGAUAUGUUUUUUUCUUAAAGAGACUUAAACUAUGAUAUGCUGGAUUUCAAUUAUUCCUGUAAUUUAUUUAUCGUUUUUUUUUGCAUUGAUAGUUAAACAUAUACUACCUUUUCAUUUAUUUAUUUCUACAUACCCUAAUGGGAAAAUUAUGCGUUCAACCAUAUUUACUUAUUGGAAAUUAAAAAAAAAACUCUUUACUGAAAUUUGUAAAUAAAAAAUAGAUAAUUCUAGUAUUAUUUUAUUUUUUAAUUAUAAUAUUUUGAAAAAUUCUAAAACUCAAAGAUGAAGUGCCCGCAAGUAUUAAGCACAAAGAUACAUGUAAAAAAGUUUGACAAAAACUAAAUUACCAACUAUAAUCAUAUCCACGUAAUUUUAAGAACACGAGUGCUAAGGGCAUCUCCAUCCCUACUCCAUUUUUUCCUCUAAAAUGGAGUAAAAGUGAAUAUGGAGUAAGAAAUGCUCCAAUCCAACUCCAUAUCUCAUUCUAUAAUGAAAUUUACUCCAUAAAUGGAGUAAUCUUUUUUUUUUGUUCAUCACUCCAUUAUAGAGUAGGAAAUGGAGUAGGAUUGAAGUAAUUUUACUCUAUUUUCACUUUUAUUCCAUUUUAAAGAAAAAAAUGGAGUUUUACAUUGGAGAUGCUCUAAGUAAAAGUCACAUGCACACACUAUCCGAGUUGUAAUCACACGAUCUCCCUCUCGUGUACCAAAUCCGCAAGUACAUUAUAUCAAAUUCUUUUGGCGUAUAAACCAUUAUUAAACUUCUGAUAAUCUCCUCAGGUGAUUUGAAUCCUAGUCUGUACCAGCUAUACACUCACUCCAUGUAACCGAAUAUUCCUAAGCCACCUAAGCAGAUCCAGCACAAUCAAUCAAAUUUAAGAGCUUUAUAGUGUUUUGUUUUGUCAUAAAGGGGUAAUCAAAUAGUUUAUAAUUACAUACUUACAAUUAUACUACAUAAAAUGACCUCCAAAUACAUUCAAGGCAUUAUCAUUUGUCGGUACACCUUCACCGGCAUUUGCCGGUUUAUCCGGUCCCCCACGUCAAGACAAACAGCAGCAGUUCCAAUGUCCGGCGUUCGGCGGAAGAACUUAUAAAUAACUUUUCUUCUUUUUUUAAUUAAGAGAUUAAAGAAAGAAAGACGGAACAAAAUAAUUAAGUAAGUGAGUUUGCUUUGAUAAAAUCCAAAAAACAAACGUAUAAAAUAAUCCAAGAAAAUGUGAUGGAAGACCAAGACUACCUCAUUACUAAGAAUAUGGAUAUAUUUCUGUAGAAAUCCACGAAUGAAAAGAAACAGAAUUUGGACUGAUUAAAUUAAUUUCCAAUAAUUUAUUUUAGAAAAUUAAUUUUUAAUAAAAUAGAAUUUCAUGUUGCAAUCUCCAUUAUCGGUUGUCUCCCUAGUAUCCAACAUGAGACCCUCCAUUGUCUACCAUUCACACCCUUUGGCUCACUUGAAAAAUCCUUUAUAUUUAUAAAAAUAUAAUCUCACUAAAUGUUAAUUAUCAUAGACAAGGCAAUUCUUCUUAUACAUUUGGAUGUAUAUACACUGUACCUUAGUUCAUGAUCGAUGUACUGAAUAAUAGUGUCUUAACUUGGCUUCCCUGAAUAAUCAUAAUUUUUUUUUUUACAUAUCGUUCAGAUAAAUCUUUAGUGUUAUUUGGGUUUCAAACUGUUAAACCAAUAAUGGUUUGAGACAAGGAAAUUUUAAAAGUAAUAUUCAAGUGUGGUUAGUUAAAAUUACCAGCAAAAAUAUGAUAUUUCAAUGAUGCUAGUUCGACGCCAAUGCUACGAAAUUAUAUUGUACAUUGCGGAUGAAUUAAAUUUAGAAAGAUUACAAAUGUUAUAAGUAGCUAAUAUGAACAUUUAUAUCAUAGAGUAUUGCAUAUUAAAUUCUAAUUAUUUUGGUUCGCUUCUAUUUUUAUACACUUUAUUUAUAUGAAGAAAAAAACAGUUCUCAUUUUUUCUGUUAGGAAUGAUCUAUGGUUAAAAUUAAUAGCUCGAGUGAUUUGAUUUUAUAUGUUUUCCUAGUGUUAGUUUGAAGCUACGAAUAUGAAGCAAGUAUAGGUUUGUUUGAGUUGAAGCUUGAAAGAGGGUCUCACACGCAAUUUGCAAAUUAUUAUUAUAUACUUCUGCUUCAAAUAUUUAUGAAGCAUGUAUAGAUUUGUUUGAGUUGAAAGAGGGUUUCAGACGCAAUUUGCAAAUUAAUAUUACAUACUUCUGCUACUUAUACUGAACACAAUCAUUUCUGGAUAAUUAGAUUAAAUAUUAUAUUUAGUAAUGUAACUGGUGUGAAACUGUGAAGCCAGAAAGACUGAUUAAUAUAUUAAUUACAUUUAUACUGUCACCACAUAUUACAAUUUCUAAACGAUAUACGUAUGAUUCAAACUCUAGUGAUGGAGAAAUAAAGUAUUUUACAUACAAAGAUGAUACAAUAUGGUAGACAAAAUAACUAAUUAAAAAGUACUAUAGUAUAUGUGAUUGUAAAUGAUCAUUAGCGAACAUAUAAAAUAAGCCGGCCCAAGAAAAUAAAAGAUAUCUCUCUCAUCACAAUGUUCCUUUUAUAAAAUCCACCCAAAGACACCAAACUUCACCAUCAUCAUUGCAUUUCUUUUUCUUUUUCCUCCAUCACCCUUUCCUAGUUCGCUCGUGCACAUCUCCGACGAUCCCAAGUCUAAAAUCAUCACUUGUUUGAAUCUUUUCAACAUCUCUUUAAAAAUAAUCUUACAAAAAAACGAUACAGAAGAUAACAAAAACAAGAGAAUCCUUCUUUCUUUUAAGUACAAGCAACAUAAUAAAUCAUCAUCUUUCGUCCAUGGCAACUUCCGGCAACGAUACAACGACAGGGACAGGUUCACCAUGCGGAGCGUGCAAGUUCCUGAGGCGUAAGUGUGCUUCGGAUUGUAUAUUCGCACCUUACUUCUCUUCGGAGCAAGGAGCAGCAAGAUUCGCAGCUAUUCACAAGGUCUUUGGAGCCAGCAACGUCUCUAAGCUCUUGCUCAAUGUCCCAAUCCAUGAUCGAUGUGAAGCUGUCGUCACCAUCGCCUACGAAGCUCAGGCCCGUCGUCAUGAUCCUGUGUAUGGCUGUGUCUCUCACAUCUUCGCUCUCCAACAACAGGUGGCUUACUUGCAAGCACAAGUCAUGCAAAUGAAGGCACAGAUCGCCGGCCACCAGACGUCAGCCGCCGGAGAUCUAAGAAACAGCUCGGAAAGUACUCAUCAACAAUACAUGACGUGUCAACAAACUACUGGCUCUCCUAUCGGCAAUGCAUACUCAACAGCAUAUAACCAUCAUCAUCAACCUUACUACGGUCACGUAAACCCUAAUAAUCCCGUCUCGCCACAAAGCUCGCUAGAAGAAACUUUCAGCAACACGAGCAGUGACGUCACUACUACAGCUAACGUGCGAGAGACUCAGCAAACUGGAGGUGGCGUAUACGGUCACGGUGGGUUAGGGUUUCACGAAGGAUAUCCUAACAAAAAAAGAUCAGUGAGUUAUUGUAAUAGUGAUUUAGGUGAGCUUCAGGCUUUGGCUCUUAGAAUGAUGAAGAAUUAAGAUAAGUUGCUAACUUAUGUAGACAGACGUACGGCGAAGAAAUGAGAUGUUUUUCCUUUGACAAAAAACAAAAAUAUAAUGAAACAAUGGAUGUUCACACAUGAUAUCAUCAAUAAACAUGAUUUGGUUGCAUCAUCAAUGUAUAACAUUUUCUAAACAUAAAACCAACAGAAUAUGUUACUUAUAGUUCAAUGGUUUCGUUUGUCGAUCAAUGUUGAUGUUUCUAUUGAAUAAUGCGGAAGUCACUCUCACGCACGAUAACUGCAUGUCUUAGAUUAUCAUACGCUUUCGAUUAGCCCCCAACAUUAAUCGAGUUGAAUAGAUUUAACUGAUUGAGGACUGUCCACUCAACACUUACCUAUUGUUUCCUCCACAUGAAAACUACGCAAAAAUGUAAUGUUAUACGAGUUUAGAUAAGAUUUUUGUUUUUUGAUAAUGGCCUUCUAUUAUUGUUCUAUGUAGGCAGAACAGAAGUUUAUGUCAGUAAUAGAAAUGCUUCUAUUGUUCUAUGUAGGCAGAGAUUCAUCACCAUGUAUGCGUUUACACAACACACUUAUAGAAAAUCUAUUUUCCAAAAAUUAUUAGUACAUAUCAUUAUAUAUUGGUAUUUUCUUUUUUGCUCGUUACGAAUGUAUAUGUAUUCUGCGUGGAUAUAUAACAGAUUUUAACUAGCGUAUAAUUGUUCACCUUCUUUAACAACAGAAAGUAUAAAUUUCAACAUAAAUCACAAAGUAUUCGAAUAUACAAAAAUGUAAGUUGAGGGUAUCGUAUUGUGGGUAGUUUUUUUUUUUUUUUUGACGUCGUAUUGUGGGUAGUUAAAACCUAAAAAAAACAUAUUCUUAUAUAUCUCUAUGAAUUGAUUUGCGUAUGUGCUUGUAAUUAAAUGUCAACUAACAAUUGCUUUUCGCAUCUCUACGAAGGCUAAAAGGCAUAUGGUCUCAAAUAUUUUUUUUAAAUGACAAAAGUCAACUUUAUUUUUCUGUAUAAAAUCUAAAUUUUCAAGAUACGAAUAAAUAAAGAAGAAAUAAAACUGAUAAACAAAUCUCUCUUAGAAAACAUUUGAAGAACAUAGGAGGGAUGUAUGUUAUGAUUGUCUGUCAGAGAAGCAAAUCAUCAAAAUCAUUUCAUUUAUAAAUUUAUUAAUAUUAUAUAAAUGGACCACGCAAUAAUAUUACAUUAAGCAAAGAUGUUUACCUAACAUUAACUAAGCAGCGUCUAGUUAAUUAUGCUAGGACCAAUCCCCCAUACAAAUUGUAGUGGCAAUAUUAGACAAAAUGUCCCCUCAAUUGCAUGCAAUCUUCUAAACUAAAUUCAAUUAAUUAUCUUUAAUCAGUUUUGCUUUGCCAACUCUAAUCAAUCUCAGCUAGUUCUUACCCAAUUCUCCACCAAGAAGCUUCGGUUGUUGUCCACAUCUAAAGUCACAAGUUCUCUUUUAGUCUUUUGAGAAAGGACUUUGUGAUUUGUAAUCUCGAGAUAACUAAUCAAUGCAUUGUAAAGGACUUAUUAAAUAGUAGAAGGAAAACAAGUUAAAUUAAGCACCUGAUCAGUGCAUCCUGGUUUAUUAGUCUGACAGUUAUGAACAAAGUAUAAUUUGAGAGUGUCUUUUGUUUUAACAUUUGGCAUGCUAACAAUAUAUUGAGGUAAAAUGUGUCAAUUUAUUAGUUUAUUGAUUACUUACUCAUUAUCAUAUCAACGUGUUGGUUACUUCGACAUUUAUGCUAAAGAUUGGAAAUUUGGAUAGUGGAACAUCCUAAAUUAGGAUUCCUAAUACAUUCACCAUUAACAGCUUUUCAUAUAUACACAAAAAAUUAGUUAUUUUGCAUGAGUUGAUAACAAUUAAUGUACAUAGAUCAUUGCGAAAGCUAAUACUUAUAGAGUGAAUUCUCGUCGAUCUUAAGAUAUUUUAAAGUAUGACAUGAUCUAGGUGGGAUACAUGGAACUUGUUUCCUAACCAAAUUUCUUAUCAAAAGGUUAUUAAUUACGGUUGACUUGUGAGUUAUGAUUUAUGAACAACAAUGCGUACGGCGAUGCCUAUUCUUAGUCAAGCCGUUUAUACAUGUGUUUGUUUAUUAUAUGAUAUCCUAACUCUUCGAGCCCAUUACCAAAGACCAAAUUUAUUAACUCUUGCUAAUAUUAUAUACUAGAACAGAUCAAAAGAGGGUGGUCAAAGCAUGAUAUCACAACACCACUUAGACAUUCAUCAAGAAAACGUAUAUAUGUUUAGAAUUCAUAUAUACAAGCCAAUAUGUAUUUCUGAAAUACAUUAAAAAUAUCGAGAAAAAGAAAAAAACGCAUCAUCGAGGUUAACUGGCUGUAGAAGAAAUGUUAUUUUAAUUAUGAGAUGAGAGGGCAUGUUAUUAUAUUUUUGUGAAAUGAAAACAACCCUUUUAAAAAAAGUAACUUCAACAUUGUAGUGCGUAUAUACAAUUUUAGUUCAGUGACGUGUCAAUUGACAGGGAAUAAACACGAACUGUUGUCAUCUUGUCAAUUAUAUGUUCUUUAGAAAUUGAAGAAAUAGAUUGAAACGGCAAGAGUUAACGCAUGUGAGCCCGGUGGCUUAAGUACAUUCAAAGUCUUUGACUGUGUUGACAUAUCACACGUGUUGCCUGGGAAAAGUGCCAAUUUCGACCCAAACUAUUUCAGUCGUGCCAAAUACGACCCGAACAAUUGAUCAGUGCCAAAUACGACCUCAACUCAAUUAUAAUUCAAAAAAACUACCCGAACUUCUUAAAAC